CUUGUUGAUGUGUGUUCACGAAACGUAACCUUUUCGCAAGCUAGCUGACAUUUAUUUUGAAAAUGAAGAACAGGAAGUGACGCCGCUCGACACUUCGCAGCUUGACGCGUCGCGCGCAGACUGAGGCAGAGACGCGGCGGCGGCACAAGCUGAAGGCGCGGAGGUGGAGUCGGUGUUCCGCUGCUGACCGUUAGCUAACCGUGAGCUAACCGUGAGCUAACCGUUAGCUGACCGCGUGGAUCAAAGCGACAGAGUGACGCAGUAGAGACAGACAGACAGAGAGAGAGACAGACAGACAGACAGACGGAUAGGGGGGACAUCAUGGCGACGCUGCUCGGAGCGGAGUCGGGUCGCUCUCCUCCGCCUCCUCCUCCUCUUCCUCCUCUUCCUCUCCUCUCACAGCUCGGUUCUGGUUCUGGUUCUCCUUCCUCUCCGUCGAACCACACUCACAACCUGCCGCCGAACCGCGGCUUGGAGCGCGCGCUGGAGGAGGCGGCGGCCAGCGGCGUCCUCCACAUCAGCUGCCGGAAACUGAAGGAGUUCCCCCGGUCAGCAGUGAACCACGACCUGAGCGACACCGUGGAGGCAGAUUUGUCAAAGAACAGACUGAGUGACGUUCCAUCAGAGGUCUGUCACCUGGUCGCCUUGGAAACGCUAAACCUGUAUCACAACUGCAUCAGGACCAUCCCUGACUCUGUCAUCAGUCUGCAGUCACUCACCUCCUUAAACCUCAGUCGUAACCAGCUGUGUUCUCUGCCCGCGUGUCUGUGUGGUUUACCUCUGAGAGUCCUCAACGCCAGCAACAACAAACUGGUCUGUCUGCCUGAGAACAUCACACAACUGCACGGACUCAUGGAGCUGGACGUCAGCUGUAACGAGAUCACGGCUCUUCCUCGUCACGUCGGUCGACUCAAAGCUCUGCGAGAACUCAACGUACGGCGGAACCUCCUCUGUGUUCUGCCCGAGGAACUGGCUGAUCUUCCUCUGGUAAAGUUGGACUUCUCCUGUAACAAAGUCUCCACCGUCCCAGUGUGUUUCAGGACGAUGAAGCAGCUGCAGUCACUGCAGUUAGAGAACAACCCACUGCAGAGUCCACCUGCACAGAUCUGUUUGAAAGGUAAAGUUCACAUAUUUAAGUAUCUGAGCAUUGAGGCGUGUCGCUGUGAGAAGAUGCCAGACUCACUCUACCUGCCCGUCAUAGAGCGGCUCAGCCUGUCACGACCCAGCACCGGCAGUGUGGAGGACAUGGAGCAGCAGCAGAAGAAGCAGGACAGUGACUCAGGAGUCGGCAGCGACAACGGAGACAAGAGACUGUCUGCUACUGAGCCGUCAGAUGAAGACAGUCUGAGUCUCAACGUGCCGAUGAGUCACAUCACAGAAGAGGAAGGACUCAGUAAAGACGACUCUACUGAACACAUCAGCUCCCUGACAGUGGACACAAACUGUGACUCUGUGCGUCUGAUCGAGGAGAGUCCUACGGAAGCUCUGAAGGAUCAGUUCAGCUGCAGAGACUCUGCUCUCAACUCUCGCUUCAUCAGCUACAUCAAGGGUCGUGCAGCAGCAGACUUUGAUGAGCCUCUCAGGAUAGAAGAAGACUCUUCGUGGCAAACAGAACAAACGUCAAAGGUCACAGUGGGCACAGAGCUCCACAUCGACAUGAUCAACCAGCUGAAAGAAGCUGUGGAGCUGCUGCAGGAGCCCAGCAGAGUUUCCUCACAACAGGACCAUGUGACUGGAGUCCGACUGUAUCCUGUGGAGAUGGUCACAGUGGACGAGUCACUCAAUGGUCAGGACAGUGAGGACAGCGCCACCACAGCUCAGCGAGGAGACGUCCCCCCGGCCGUCAGACUCUCGUCCUGUUCACCAUUUGGACUGAAGCCUCGCUCAGCUCCGCCCUCGCUGCCUUGCUCGCCUCCUCCUUCCUUUUUCGAAUCCUCCCCCCUCUUACAGGCCACACCCCUCCGUAGAGAUACACGGUGUAGCCAUGACGACGGAGGCGUGCACGGCCGCGUUUUCCUGCGCAGCCACAAGAGUCUGGAGUCUGUGGAUCCUCAGUUUACUAUCAGGAGGAAGAUGGAGCAGCUGAGAGAAGAGCUGGAGCUCAUGGAGACACUGAGAGACAGCAUCGAGAGCAGACUGAAGGUCGUCCUCCCCGAGGACCUGGGCUCGUCUCUGAUGGACGGCGUCGUCCUCUGUCAUCUGGCCAAUCACAUUCGCCCUCGCUCGGUGGGCAGCAUCCACGUCCCCUCCCCCGCAGUGCCCAAACUCAGCAUGGCCAAGUGUCGCAGGAACGUGGAGAGCUUCCUGGACGCCUGCAGGAGGAUCGGCGUUCCUGAGGACAAACUGUGUCUUCCUCACCACGUCCUGGAGGAGAAAGGUCUUCUGAAGGUCAGCAUCACAGUCGGGGCUCUGGUCGACCACAACUCCUGACCUGAGGCCAUUACGCAGAGAAGGGGCAGGGCUUCCAGUAUGCAGAGAAGGGGCAGGGCUUCCAUGGCACACACACAAACAUGAGUAAAGACUCUGGUUUGUCGCACUAACACAGUUUUUAAAAUUCUGUCUAAAAACAACAGCGUGCUCCUUUUAUAGUGUUGUAAUUAUUUAAAUUGACAAAGAUUUUAUUGACAAACACGGAGUGUAAACAAAGACGGCCGACACUGCGACUUUAUCGCAGUGAGAGGAUCGUCGUCUAACUCACCAACAGACACGAGACUCUUUGUCAGUUUACGUUUAAAAGACCAAAGUUAAAAUGGAGGCAAUAAUUGAGUCUUAACUUCAUCAGGAAACAAAAAACAAGUUUUACUUAAAUAUUUAAAAAGAAUUGACUUUAUUCUCUUAAAAUGUAAGUUUCUUUAGAAAAAAUGAAACCACUUCCAUGAUAUUUUUACAUCUUAGAUGUUUUUUAUUUUCAUUUUUUCAGGUUUAUUUCACAUUUAACUGUCUGUCAAAAGGAAAGUUCAGCUUUUGGGAGAAAACAAGCGUCACCUCGAGUUGCUAACAUCGGAAACUUACGGACAACUUUUACCUUUAAGUUCGUAAACCACACACACAGGAGUUAUUGAUCCACUGCUGCCUCCAUCACUACGUUCAAAUGUCUUAUUAAAUGAAUACAGCUUUUAAAAAUCUUCAUUCAGAUUAACCUCAGUGACACAAAGUGACCACACGAGGCAGCAGAGGACCAGCAGCUCUUGUGUGUGGGAGAGUGAGUGGUUAACAGACGUCUGUCUCACACUGAGACAAAGACUUAAACUGACGUGGGUUUGGUUCUGAGCAGCAGGGGGCGCUCACAGUGCAUUCGAUCACACUUAAAAACCCCUGAACUGUCCCUUUAACUUGUAAAUGUAGCUGAGCGUGUUUUCUGUGUUUCUGCACUUUAAACGUUUUAUAUCAGAUAUUUAAUGACACUGAAUUCACCUUUAAUCCAAACAGAAGCAACACUAAUGUGAGUGUAAACAUCCUGCUGAACACAAUCGUAUGUUUGUACAUAAAUGUCUGUGCUUUUAUUUUUUUAUUUGUGUCGACGUUUACUGUCACGUGUUGAACAGCAGCUCUGAGCUAAACGCAUGAAAUGUCCCUUUAACUGCUGUGACUAUAUCCAUGUGUGUGUGUGUGUGUAUUUACACACACACUGUAUUUCUUAUCACUUUAUCAGUAAAAGUCUGGUGUGUAAACGCA